GGCUCUAAGCUGUGCCCAAGAUCUCUACGUAGGGAGUGGAAAACACAAAGGUUAAGUCAAAUGCUGUGAUAUGAGUUUCGCAUCUGGUUAAAUACUACAUACUCUGUAGCACUGCGUUGCGCGAUUACAUUAUUACCAAUUAUUACAUACAUAGCAUAUGAGCAUAGCACAGCAUAGCGCAUAGCAUAGGCAUAAGAGUUGAAGAGAAUUAAUGGUGCUCGAUAAUCACAUUGCUCGUAACAGUGAUAUGUACUCUUGAUAGUGAACUUUGAUAUAAGCACUCUCUAAGUUUCUAAUUCGCGCUCUCUCUUUCUAUAUUUCAUAUUUUCAUUAAAAGAAAAUCCGACAGAUAUAAAAUGGCACCGCGAACAGAAACAGUAGUAAAAGAAGCUUCAGAACUGCCGCAAGAAGUACCUCAUAGAGGAAUUAAGGCGGUUUUAUUGGGGCCACCUGGUAGUGGAAAGGGGACGCAAGCUCCGCUAUUCAAGCAACGAUAUUGUGUAUGUCACCUUUCCACAGGUGAUAUGCUUAGAGCAGAGACACAAUCUGGGUCAGCUCUUGGUAGGGAAAUCCAAAAGGUAAUAGAUGAAGGUAAAUUGGUUAGUGAUGACCUUGUAGUUAACUUGAUCGAUCAUAAUUUGGACAAACCAGAAUGCAAACAGGGUUUCCUAUUGGAUGGCUUUCCCAGAAGCAUUCCUCAAGCAGAAAAACUUGAUGAUAUGCUAAAGAAGAGAAAAACUAAGCUGGAUGCUGUAAUAGAGUUCGGAAUUGCUGAUAACUUAUUGAUAAAGAGAAUCACAGGUCGUCUGAUACAUCCUGCAAGCGGUAGAUCAUAUCAUGAAGAAUUUGCUCCUCCCAAAGUUCCUAUGAAAGAUGACAUCACUGGGGAGCCAUUAAUUAGAAGAUCUGAUGACAAUGUAGAUGCAUUGAAGAAACGGUUAGCGGUAUAUCAUACACAAACCCAACCAUUAAUUGAUUAUUAUGCUUUGCAAGGAAUUCAUUACUAUGUUAAUGCAUCUCAGUCUAGUAAAAAUGUUUUUAAAGAUAUCGAUCGCAUCUUUUUACGAAAAAUUAAACAAGAUGAAGAAAAGAAAAGCUUUUUUAGUCGAUUCUUUUGAGAUGUCUAAUAAAAUUGUUCCAGAUCAUUCUUCUCUUGUAAACGAAAGGGCACCCUUGUAGUUAAUGGGGUUAUGCUCAAUUUUAGUAUUACAAUAAUUUUUGAAAGAGUGUAGCAUUUUAGAUGUAUAAUUUUCAACUCAAAAGCGAUUUACGUGUUUAGAAAUACAUAACGGAUACAAUAUG